GAUAAAACCCCAAAGAUUUCGCGAAAUCGUGUUUGAUUUUAACUAUUAAUUAAACUUUAACUUUACCUUUAUCGGAACCAUUCAGUUUCCAAAAACUCCAAAAAAAAAAAAAAAAACAAAUUCCUCACUAAAUCAUCUAGGGUUUAUCGUUACUGUUUAGGGAGGGAUCCAAGAGUUGCGCCGAGGAGAGUGUGUGUGUGAGUGCUUUUGAAAUUUGGAUAUGGAUUCGGCGGAGGAUGUUGCUAUGGUUGAAGAAGCGAACGGUCGCGGCCGUAGGAUUCGGAGAGCUUCUACGAAGAUGACAAAUUACGUUGACCCUGUCACUGACGAAGACGAAGACCAAGGACCCAAGAAGCGAAAGGGCAAAAAAGGGGGAAAUAGGGCUCCGAGAAAGACACAGAAGGUAGACGACGAAGGUGUUAGGGUUGGAGAUGCGAACGGAGGCGCUGAUUUGGCGAAAGAGAAGAAGCAGAGAGCCUCUGCUAAGACGAAUGACUCAGAAAAGGACUCAAUUGCUGGGGAAGGUGAUGAUUCUGGAAACCAGACUACCAUUGGGGCAAGGAGGACUCGGAAGAGAACUUAUAAGAAGGAUGAAAUCGACGGUGAGGUUCCAGCUAAGUCGAACAAGAGGUUGAAGAACAGAGCUAACAAACACAACACGGAUAAUGCUGAAGGUGCAGAGUCCAAUAUGUGUCAUCAAUGUCAAAGGAAUGAUAGAGGGUACGUUGUGCGGUGUCGGAACUGCAAGUCGAAGCGUUUUUGCCUCCCUUGCUUGAAAACUUGGUACCCCAACAUACCACAAGAAGAUGUUGCCAGUAAAUGCCCAUUCUGCUGUGGUAUUUGCUGUUGCAGAGGAUGUUUGCGUCUAGAUAAUAAGAUACUAGGCAUAAAUCCGAAUCUCGAGGUCAGCAAGGACGCAAAAAUUCAAUGCUCUAAAUAUAUUUUGCGGUGGCUUCUCCCACAUAUGAAGGAAAUAGUUGAUGAACAAAUUGCUGAGAAGGAAAUUGAGGCAAAGAUAUCAGGACUGGAGAUUGAAGAGGUGAGGCCCGUAGACGCUGAAGCUUUCCAUGAUGAGAGACUAUACUGUGAUAUCUGCAAGACUUCGAUCUUUGAUCUCCAUAGGAGUUGCUCGGCCUGUCCUUGUGAUAUAUGCCUUACAUGUUGCCUUGAGAUCCGCAAUGGAAAGGCUCAGGCAUGUCAGGACGAUGUGUCCUGGAAUUAUGUUAACCGAGGUUUAGAGUAUGAACAUGGAGAAGAAGGCAAAGUUAUUGAAAAGCCGGAUGAUGAUAAGCCUAAUGAGAAGCCAGAUGAUGAGCCGGUUUGCAAAGACCAUAUGAAUUACCCAUCUUUGUGGAAAGCAAAUGAAGCUGGAAUGAUUACUUGUCACUGUGGUGCUGAGGGUUUAAAGUUGAAACGCCUACUUCCUGAUGGUUGGGUAUCGGAUUUGUUAAAGAAAGUAGAAAAACUUGCUGCUGCCAGCGAGCUUUUGGAUUUACCUGAAACAGUUUUGGAGCGAUGCCCUUGUUUUAAAUCUAAUGGUCAUAUUGACAUGGACAACGGUAAAUUGCUAAAGACUGCUUGUCGAGAAGGUUCAGAAGACAAUUAUCUAUAUUAUCCAAGUGUUAGAGAUGUUCAACAAGAUGAUUUGAAUCAUUUUCAGCACCAUUGGGUAAAAGGCGAGCCUGUGGUUGUGAGAAAUGUGCUUGAAGCAACAGCUGGAUUAAGCUGGGAACCAAUGGUAAUGUGGCGUGCUUGCCGCCAGAUAAGCCACAUUAAGCAUGGAGAACUUACUGAAGUUGAUGCUGUUGAUUGUAUGGACUUGUGUGAGGGAUCGAUUAAUCUGCAUGAGUUCUUUACUGGUUAUACGGACGGUCGUUAUGAUCGCAUGGAUUGGCCACUAGUUCUGAAACUGAAAGAUUGGCCUCCAACUAAGACCUUUAAAGAAAACUUGCCACGUCAUGCUGAGGAGUUCUUAUGCAGUUUGCCUUUGAAGCAUUACACACACCCGGUAAAUGGACCUUUGAAUCUUGCUGUCAAACUUCCCAACAAUUGCUUGAAGCCUGACAUGGGACCAAAGACUUACGUUGCUUAUGGAUUCGCGCAAGAAUCUGGCCGUGGAGAUUCUGUUACUAAACUCCAUUGCGACAUGUCUGAUGCGAUCUAUAAUGUGAGUAUUGGAUACAAAUCCUCACAUGCGCCCUACGCAGUUCAUAACUUCGUGAAUGUUUUGACGCACAUAUCUGAAGUGCCCAUUGUAAAGGAUAGACAAUCUAAAAUCGCAGAACUGAAAAAGAAGCAUGCUGAACAAGAUCUCAAGGAGCUAUACAGCUCUGUAGCUAACAAGGAGGAAAUGAUGGAGAUUCUCGUAAAAUCUAAACAAGAAACCGGAAAUGUUGAAUCUGAUGAUGGAGCUCUUUGGGACAUUUUCCGUAGAGAAGAUAUCCCUAAAUUAGAAAGUUACAUUGAGAAACAUCACAAGGAGUUCAGACAUCUCUACUGCUGCCCUGUAUCUCAGGUUGUUCAUCCAAUACAUGACCAGAAUUUCUACUUAACGCGGUAUCAUAUAAUGAAGCUGAAAGAAGAAUAUGGCAUUGAACCUUGGACCUUCAAUCAGAAGCUUGGAGAUGCUGUUUUAAUACCUGUAGGUUGCCCUCAUCAAGUUAGAAAUUUGAAGUCCUGUACGAAGGUAGCGCUUGACUUUGUCUCACCUGAAAAUGUCGGCGAGUGUUUACGCUUGACAAAACAGUAUCGUCUACUUCCACCUAAUCAUUUUGCAAAAGAGGACAAGUUGGCGGUUAAGAAUAUGAUAGUCCAUGCAGUUGAUAAGUCUCUCAGGGACUUAAGUGGACAGGAGUCUCCAGAACCCAAAGAGAAAAACAAUUUUAAGCGAAGGAACAAGUCAAAGGGCAAAUGCAAAGCAGUUGUCAAGGCUCUGAAAGACGUACCUCCUAGUGAAAAAUGUUCUGAAGCCGAAGAGGAGAAAUUAAAGAUGAUAGUCAAUCCAAUCGAUAUGGCUCUCAAAGACUAUCCUCCAACUGAAAAGAAGUCUUUGGAAACCGAAGAGAAGAGAAAGCCAAAGAUAGUGAAGACAUACGUGCGGAGAAAAAAUCUGGGAAGUGAAGAAACACGUAGACAUUGGCUGAUUACAAACGGAGAAGAGUAGGAGUAAUUGUUAGUUGCAUCUCAAAACUCAUCCUUUUUGUUGUUGGUAGCUUAAAGCAAACACUAAGGCAGUAGUAAGAAGAU